AUGUUACGUGGUUUGUCGUUCCGGGUUUUCGUGUACGGUACUCUGAAAAGGGGAGAGCCAAAUGCCGACGUGAUAACGAAUACCGCCGGACGAUAUCGUUUCAUCGGUGAAGGACGAACGAAGGUACCGUAUCCGCUCAUUGUCGCCUCGAAAUAUAAUAUUCCUUUCGUCCUUAACGAACCCGGAAAAGGAUAUCAAGUUGAAGGUGAAGUGUAUGAAAUUGAUGAUGUGAAGCUGAAUAUUCUUGAUAAGCUUGAAGAUUAUCCAACAUUUUACUGGCGGCAAGAGGAGAAGAUUCUACUCUCAACUAAUAGUGAAACAACAGCUUGGAUGUAUUUGCUACGAAAUUGGCGACCUAAUAUAUAUGAAACAGCAACACCGAUGAUGUCUAACUAUUCUAGCAAUGGUGCUCAUGGCAGGAAAUACGUACCAAGGUGUGUUCAAUCAUAUGGGAAAGAAAACAACUGA